GCGUAAGAUACGUACGAGGAGGAACCAAUAGGAGCUGAAUUUGUAAACUGGCUCCGCCAAUGGUAGCGUUUCCUGGAGAGCGCGCGAGCCUUUUGACCAGGAUCCCGAGCAGAAGUGAAUGGCGCCGGUUCCCUGAGGCUGGGUUUCAGGGGACAGCCCCGGCCCUCCGGCGGCGGCGCGGCCGCCAUGGCCUGUCGUCACAACGUCAUGCUGCUGCUGGAUACCGCGGGCGGCACGGCCGGCCACGGCCUGGCCCGGAGGGCCGCCCUGCGCCUCCUCAUCUACCUCAGCUGCCGAUUCGGCCUGGCCAGGGUCCGCUGGGCCUUCCGGUUCUUUGACUCUCUGGGGGCGCGGAGCCGGCCGUCCCGCGUGUCGGACUUCCGCGAGCUCGGGGCCCGCUCCUGGGAGGACUUCGAGGAGGAGCUGGAGGCCCGGCUCGGGGAGGGCGCCCCCGGCGCGCACCUGCCCGGCCCGGCGCCCAGGGCCACCCACACGCACGGCGCCCUGAUGGAGACGCUGCUGGACUACCAGUGGGACCGGCCCGAGAUCACGUCGCCCGCCAAGCCGGUGCUGCGCAGCAGCGGCAGGCGGCUGCUGGACGUGGAGAGCGAGGCCAGGGAGGCCGAGGCCGCGCUCGGGGGCUUCGGGAACGCGGUCUUCCUGCUGGCGCCCUGCCCGCACUCGCGGAGGGAGCUGCUGCAGUUCGUGUCCGGCUGCGAGGCCCGGGCGCAGGGCCCGCUGCCCACCGCCAGGCAGCUGAUGGAGAAGCUGCUGCCCAAGAGGGUCCAGGAGGGCAUGCUCGCCCGGAAGAUCACCUUGUACUGGGUGGACACCGCCGGGAGGUCGCAGUUGCGGGAGUCCCCAGACCACCUUGGGUACUGGGCCGUAUGUGAACUGCUCCAGCAGGUAGGAGGCGCCAUCUUGCCGUCGGAAACAUGGAGCCAGGACAGCAGCAGAGCUGGGGAGACUCCACUGGGUGGCGACACGCAGCUGUCGAGUGAACCUGGCCUCUUGUGGACUUCAACCCUGCCGACCGACUCCACUCUGAACUGUUCGCUCUACAACUCUCCUGAGUACGAAGCCUCAUUUCCACGGACGGAAGGAACAUUAUUUCUCCCUGUUGAAGGCAAAGAGGUUCCAGAGGCCUGGGCAGUCGUCCUGGAGCCCUUGGCCAUGCAUCAGAGACACUUUCAGAAACCAGUCCGGAUUUUCCUAAAAGGCACGGCCGCCCAGUGGUCCCCGCCGAUGAGCGGCACCAUGGGCAGCGACAGCUGGAUGCUGCGGAGUCCAGGGGAGUGUCCAUCAACCCAAAGGGUGUUAUUUCAGCAGCUGGUGGACAGACUGACCGCCGAAGAGUUACAUCUGGUUGCCUCCGUGGACCCCGGGGACGGCUGGCCGCCCAUCACCGGAGUUAUGUCCCCGCUGUCUGCCAGCGCUACAGUCCUCACUGUGUUCCGCGUCCAGGAGGCCGCACUUCACAGACAUGUGCUCCAGGCAGUGGCGGCAGAGAGCCCCCAGGAUGCAGUGCCCCUCUUCCCCGAUGUCGUGGAUGUUGUGUUGAGCCAGACUCACGCCCUGCUGGAAGGCCUCACUGCCCCUGCGCCUCCCGGUCCAGAGUGGGUCCAGCAGGAGCUCGGCCGUACCGCGCCCUGGACCCCCGCGGUCACCGAGAGCUGGUUUCCCUGUUCCAACCUCAGCGGCACCAGCUCCAGCCUGAUGGAGUCGUUCUGCUUACUGCAGGCCGCGCCCUCCAGCACGGAGGAGCCCUCCCAGACGGAGAGUGAGCUCACGCGGCGCCUGUCCGAGCUCUACCUGCGGAAGGCUCGCGAGGAGUCCGCGGCGCCUGGCCCGGAGGACCGCAGGAGGACACGGGGCGUCCCUUGCACCCCGGUGAGGCAGAAGAUGAACGCCAUGUGCCGCUCCCUCAAGAUGCUGAACGUGGCGAGGCUGAAUGUCAAGGCUCAGAAGCUGCACCCAGAUGCCAGUCCAGAAGCCGCUGGGGAGAGGGGGGUCCAGAAGACUGCCGGCGGGAGAGCGGCCGCUAAACUGGAGAGCAGAGGGAGAACGCGGAGCUCCAGACCGAGAGAUUUUAAAACCGAAGAGGAGCUGCAGUCUUACCUGCAUGAGAAUUACCAGAAGACUGUGGCCGCAGGAGGAGCCGAGUUGCAUUCGUGUGCUCAGAACAUGAUCUCGACCGUGAAAGCCUUCCUGAAGUCCAGAGGCAGCCAGGACGCAGAGGCGGACUGCCUGGACCAGGUGGAAAGGACCCUCCUGAAAACCAGCAGGAGUCUUAGGCAGAACAUAGGCAAGAACCUGGGGAAAGAAGACAGAGUCCGAGAGUGCCAGCUGCAGGUGUUCCUGCGUCUGGAGCUGUGUCGGCAGUGCCCGUCAGUGCCCGACGGUGUGGGCACCGUGGAGCAGGCGGUGGACGAGGUGACGGAUUUGCUGCGCACGGUGUGUUUAACCGAGGAUUCGGCGUACCUGGCCAAGUUUCUGGAAGAAAUUCUGAGCUUGUACACGGACUCCAUCCCCGAGACACUCGGGAAACUCUACGACAGCCUGGGCUUCGUCAUCCCUCAGAAGCUGGCCGACGUCCUUCCGACAGACUUUUUCAGCGACGACUCCGUGACGCAGGACACCCAGUCGCCGCGUCUUUCUGUGCCUCUUCCUUCGAGUGCUCCGAGGUCAGCGUCAGGUGGCACCGAGUCCCACCAACUGGAGGAGCUUCGCACGCGGUCGGCGAAGAAGAGGAGGAAAAACGCGUGGCGAAGACAUAAAAGCGUGGCAGAGGUCUCACAGAGUCGUCGUCAGAUUGAGAUUCCCAGAGUGUCCAAGAGAGCCGCCAAAAACGAGAACUUGCGCCCCGAUCUGCGGCAGCCGCCACUCCUUCCAAAGGACACAGUGCAAGAAGUGACCAAAGUUCGAAGAAAUCUCUUCAACCAGGAGUUUUCCCCGUCCAAGAGACCGGCCAAGCGCGGGCUGCCUCGCAGCCACUCCGUGUCCGCCGCGGAAGGCCUGGCGCGGGAGCUCGACAGCGCCGGGAGGACCACGGGUCACCGCAGGCUGCUGACGAGGACCGUGGCCGAGACGCCGGAGCACAAGCAGGUGUCCAGGAGGCUGCUGCACAGACAGGUCAAGGGCAGGUCCUCGGAUCCUGGGCCCGAUGUCAAUGUCGUUGAGGAGUCCCCGGAAAGAGAAAUUGGUCUGAGGAGAAGCCCUCGGAUCAAGCAGCUGUCACUCGGCAGGACAAGCUCCGGUCCCUUCUACCCUGUGUCUCCGCCGAAGGCUCGGAGUGUGCAAAGAGCUCCCUCGCUGCAGCGGGACAAGCCAGACCAAAGACAACAUUCUGCCACCCCAAGUGUUCAGUCUCCAAAGAAGCUUCUUUUCGGGGCGGUGUCCCAGAGGCUCAGCCCCUCCGAGAAGGGCACAGCUCGGACCCAGAGGCCUCCAGGAAAGAAGCCGGCUGCUGAGCUGCCCGCAGACUCUCAGACCCCCAGGAAGAGUGCCCGGAAAUCUCCGAGCUCUCCUGCAGCUGCGGCCGGAAGGCUCCCUGGGACCCCGCAGACCCCGCUGCGCAGCCCUGAGAGGCGGCUGAAGCCCCCUGUGGCCCGGACCCCUGCCCGACAGGCGCUGUUCCGGUCCUUUCAGGAUUCCCCCACGCAUGGCUGCCAUCUACCUUCUCCACCUAAACUCCCCGCGCGGAAAGGGCGCCCCCUGCUGGAAAGAGGUGCCUCUCCACUCGGAAAGAUCCCCAGAACUCCUGGAAGGCCACACGGCCAGCCCCUUGGGUUUUUGCAGGAUCCUGCCUGGUCACCUGCUGUGAACUCCAGCCCGGGAAGCCCCUCUGGGCUGGCCGCCACCGAGGUGCUGUCCACUGGCCAGUGCAGGUCCAGGAGUCCGACUUUCGGCAGGGGCUCUGUCCAGUUGCCCCCUGGAGAGGCAGGGACCGGGAUGCGAAGGGACACAGCCCUCGUGGGCACACCUCCGAACCAGAAUCGCCAACACCCCUGCAUCCUCAGAGCCGCUCAGGGGGAGGAGCCAGCACAGGAACGGAAGGUCAAAGCUGUCAGAACCCCAGAGAGACCUGGGGACACACCCACGACGCCUUCCCCACCUGCUUCUCCAAAGGAGCCUCUGCCCUCUCCCGUCUGUGGGGGUGCCCGGAGCCCACUCGGGACCCCUGCGGCUGAGUCCCCUCCCCCUGCACAGCCGGACUGGGGGGCACUCUGGGAUCCGGGCAGCGGGGCCCCAUCUCUCUCGCACCCCACCCCUUCGGCUGCCCCCAGAACCUCGCAGAGCGCUGACCCGGACGUCACAUCCGGUCAGCCCCCCGCUCACCUCAGGACGAGGGACAGUGGGCCCUCCGAUCUGGAGGGCGGCUUCCCGGAGGGCGAGCCCAGCACCUCGGCUGCCUUCACCGACACCAGGAAGCACCCGAAGGAUGCGGACCCCGCCUCCCCUAGGCCACCCCAAAGGCUCCCCGACCCUGGGCCUGGCUGCAGCAGUGACUGGCGUCGCUCCUCCCCUUCACUCGUCGCAGGGGACACAGGGCGCCUCGCUCUCCUGGAAGAAGCCGAGUGCCACGGCGCCAGGGACCGGAGCAGCGGUGCCUCUCCUGCGGGCGGGGGCGUGGGGCUGAGGACGGGCGUUGCCGAUGAGAGGCCCUCUCCGUCUCCCCUCGGGGAUCCCCCGCCGUCCCCUCCUCGCUCUGGGCCCAGCUCCCCGCUGACGCCAUCCUGCGCCCUGCGCUGUUCUGACCACAGCGGGCCACGCCCGGCAGCCACUCCCACCUGGCGCUCAGGUGUGCCCGCCAACGUGCAGACCUACGAGGUGGAACUGGAGAUGCAGGCUUCCGGGGUGCCCAAGGUCCGAAUCAAAAAGACAGACACCAGCCCUCGGUCUGAAGCCGAGCCCCCGAGGCGGGCCCAGAGCGUGCCCCCCGGUCUCGGCGUGCCCAGGGGCAGCAAGCCCCCCUGCAAACCCGAGACCACCUACAUGUCACCCCCCUGCCUCCGCCUCUCGCACAGCAGCCCCGGCAGGAGUGGGGGGCAAACCUACAUCUGCCAGUCCUGCGCCCCCAGCACCCCCAGCCCGUUCCAGACGGACGUCGGGGUCCCGUGGACACCGUCCCCCAAGCACAGCGGGAAGACGACCCCCGAUGGCAUCAAGGACUGGCCCCGCAGGAAGCGGGCGGCGCUCUGCAGCCUGGGCACCGCCGCGGGGAGGGGCGACGCCGGCACAGACCUUCCUGCGGGCGGGCCGCUGCUCCCGCCGGAGGACAAGGAGCCCGGCCUCCGGCUCGGCACCGGCAGGUCUCCCCUCCUGGGGGACUUUGAGCUCGAGGGGGUGUGUCAGCUGCCAGACCGAUCACCUCCCGGGGACAGCGAGUCUAAGGCCGAGGAAGCCUUCUCCUGGGGACAGUUCGGGUUGGGUCCCAGGAAGAGGCUGCUUUCUGCCGAGGAGGAGGCCGAGUGGGAAGCCAGGAGGGUCCGUGACAGGCUGAGAGGAGACUCGGAAGUUGGUCAGAGCAAGGAGAGGUCCCCGGGGAUGGGCGUGCAGCAGCUCCCCACCGAGGGGGUCGACGAGGCGCCAGUUUCCCGUUCCCCGCCACCGCCCGGCUGCGCCCCACGCAGCUGCCUGUCCGCCAGCGGGCUCCAGGCGCUGACCCAGUCCCCUCUGCUGUUCCCAGGGAAGACGGGCCCUGCACAGCGCAGAGACGCCGCAGACGAGGACACAGACGUGUUUCCCCCGACGACCGAGGACUCACCCUUCAGCCAAGCCUUUUCCAGGCGACGCCCCAUCAGCAGAACCUACUCGCGGAGGAAGCUGAUCAGCUAGUGAGGAGGGAUGGGCCGGGGACCGACAGCCACAGACACUGUGGAGCUGGUCAGGCACUCCUGCUCCCCCGCAG